UGUUGGGCCCUUGCAGCGGGAUCAGAUGUGGUGCAGCGAGCGAGCCAGCAAGCGAUAACCUUAGUAGGAGGGGAUGAGCAUGGAGGGAUGGGAUGGGAUGGGAUGGAACGAUAAAUAUUAUUGGGAGGGGGACGGAAAUACGGAAACAACACAACACUUGCGUACGCGUCAAUACUGUACGUGACCCAGUUACUCGUACCCAGAGGGAUGAAUAAUACAGAUAGCUCAGGGUAUAUAAAGGAGCAUCCUCCGUUGCAGUCGUGAUUGUUCUGUGUUUACUUGCUGAAUCAACUCUCGCCAGUGCCCUUGCCCUUCCUGUCUUAUAAGUACCAGCAAAGCGAGCUGGCCUGGAGCUCCCCUGCACCACUCCCUGCCCUGGACCUCUCAUGCCUCGUCUGAACAAGGCCCCCUAAAAAGGUUCAAGUUCAAGCCUUGUGCAGGUUAAGAAAUCAACUUUCCCUCCUCUGUCCUCGACCUCUUCUUUGUUUCCUUCUCUGAAUCUUCGUCUGCAUCGUCAUUGUUCACAAUAAUGCCCGCCCUCUCGGCCUCCGAAGCAAGCCUCCCUCCCACUCCGGAGUCGUCUUGUGCGCCGGUGCCCGCACAACCAUGAGUCCAUGACUCUCCUCCAUCCAUCAAUCCAUGCCCACUCUACUGUCCAGCAGACCAGAGUCAAGACUCAAGACUCAAGCGUGCCGAAGUUCCCGGGUGCGGCUUGAAAGAAGACCAAAUCCGCCCGCUAUCCGGGUUACUGCUUAUCAAAGCCUCACCUGGAAGAAUCCACUCUCCAGCAUCUUCUUUUCUCGUCAGCGCGCGCGCUGAAAAAGAGGAUCAUGCUUGCCUCGUUCUGGAUCCAUUUCUCACCGUCAACUCUAUCGAAAGGAAUAAUGAUAUGACUAAUCUUUAAAGACUCUUCCUCUUAUUUUCCUGCUUCUUUUCGUCGGACUUUGCAGAGAAAGAUUGAAAAAGGAUCCACUGGCGUGGACUUCCUCUUUUACCGCUCCGCUCCGCUCCGCUCCCGCCGUGUCUUCAGAUGACGUGGGACCGUGGGACCUAGCAUGAAGUCCAUCCUUACCUUAUUCACCACCACAACAACAACACAUCCGUUUCUGUCCCGAGCCGAGAGGCGCGACCUCGAUAACAAAACCCCCCUCGAUCCGCAAUCUUGUGUUUCUGUUUUCUCCCUGUCAAUAAUCCUAAACUCAACCAGCAACCAUGUCAACAGCUGGUCCCGCCCAUAGAGUCCAAUCCGCCGUGGUGGAGUACGGAUAUCCUCAAGGCCAUCUAGGACAUCUGUCAGACGAGGAAGAGACCGCAUUCAAGAACUUCAAGAUCUUGUGCGAAGAGAAAGGGUACUACAAACCCGGGGAAGGCGGUACACACGACGACGCCACAUUAUUACGAUUCCUUCGAGCCCGUCGUUUCGCCGUCGCAGAUGCAUUCAAGCAAUUCCAAGAUACGGAAGAUUGGCGCAAGGCAAAUCAACUAGAUACCCUCUACGAAACCAUAGACCUAGAACAAUAUGAAGAGACUCGCAGAUUAUACCCUCAAUGGACAGGACGACGCGACCGUCGCGGAAUCCCCGUCUACGUCUACGAAGUCAAGCAUCUGAACGCAAAAACCAUGUCCGCGUACGAGAAAUCCGCCAAAGAAACCUCCAGCAAAGCCACGACGGACGGGAAGACGCCUGCUAAACUCCUGCGUCUGUUUGCGCUGUACGAGAAUCUGAUUCGGUUCGUGAUGCCUCUAUGUACGGCCCUGACGGAUAGAGAGCACCCGCGGACGCCGAUCACGCAGAGUAAUAAUAUUGUGGACAUUUCUGGCGUUGGGUUGAAGCAGUUUUGGAAUUUGAGAGGACAUAUGCAGGAUGCCAGUACAUUGGCUACGGCGCAUUAUCCCGAGACGCUAGAUAGGAUAUUUAUCAUCGGCGCCCCAGCCUUCUUCCCAACGGUAUGGGGCUGGAUCAAGAAAUGGUUCGACCCAAUAACCACCUCCAAGAUCUUCAUCCUCUCCCACAGCGACAUGCAAAAGACCCUCGAAUCCUUCAUCGACCCCAUGAACAUCCCCAAAAAAUACGGCGGCCAGCUAGAAUUCACAUUCGGCGACCUCCCAGUCUUCGACCCCGCCAUCUCGAAAAUCGUACAGUGGGAAGGCGAGAAUAAAGAUUUCCCGCACGGACCAAUGUACUGGCAGAAUACCGAUGGCGAGAAGGUAGAAGGCAAGUUGGGAGAGGAGACUAGGGAGAUGACUGCCUUAGCUGUGGGCAGUGUAGCAGGGAAACAGAGAGAUGAGGAGAUCUGUACGGUUACGAGGACACUGGGAAUCACCCAGGAUAUCGACGGCCUCACAAACGGCGACGCCACAGCUGGAACCUCCACCGCACUCCUCGAGAACGCAAAGACAGCUACUGAAAACGAAACUGAGCCAUCUACAACAUCAGAAGCAGUGCAAGAAACCAGACCAACCAACCUCCUCGUCCCCACGAAAUCCCAGCUCGAAGCUCCAACUCAACCCACUACGCCCGCGCACGAACUCCAAGAAGGAGAGUUGGUUCCUGCUACGAGACCGGAGCCGGUGCGGUUCGUUACUGCAGAUGAGGGGGUGGGGGAGCUGGCGAAGAAGAUGGAGGAGGGCGUGGAGUUGAGUGAGAAGAGUGGGAAUUUGGGGAAUGGGAUUGGGAAUGGGAAUGGGAAUUUGGUGGUGCCGGCGACGAAUGGGAAGGUUAAUGGGGCUGCGUAGGGUGGGGAUGGGGGAGGGGAUUGUGGAGGUUUUGGGAUUUUGUGUGUGCUGGGGAAAUUGGGGAGAGAAAGGAUGAGGGACUGGCUUCGCUUACUGCUCUGUUGAUGUGACGAGGUCCUUUCCAUUGAUGCCUGCGAGGAGAGCAGAGCAGAGCAGAGGAGAGGAGAGGAACUUCUUGGGUAUUCAUUGGUAUGCAUACAUGGCAUACUCAUUCCUUGGUAGGCCUGCCUGCUUCACCCGAGCCUGCCUGCCUGUCUGUGUGCCUCUGCCUCUCUCUAUGUGUAUGUGUACGGCAUGGCUUUGGCUUUGGCCUUUGGCCUUUUUCAUCGUACCUUAUGUAUCGGUGCAGCGCUGCUAUAAGAUAAGUUAAGAUAUAUUUUCUGUGAACGAGAAUGAGCUCGAGGGGCUGUGGGAGGAUGGGGUGGAUGGGAUGUAAGGGAUGGGGUGGAGUGGGAUGGAUGCAGUGGCUAGAUGGAGGAGGGAUAUAAUGGCGGGGUGGGUGGGUGUGCGCACUUGAUACCUACCUACCUAAGCACUUGCUUGCUUACUUACUUGCUUGUUUACAUGCAUUUCUCAUUGCAUGGCGUGGCAUGGCAUGGCGUGGCGUGGGUAUAUGGAUAUAGGGACAUAGGGACAGGAACACAGCAAUAAGAGUAACAAGAAUAAGAAUAACUAUAUUACCACUACCUACCUUACUAAAUCACUGCUCGUGUGUGAGAGAGAGGGGGAGAGUAGGUAGGUAGUACAGGAGGUAUGCAGAUCAGAUAGAUGCACAGAUCAGAACAGAUCAGAAGAGAACAGAAGAGCAGGAUUUCAUUUCCGAGGAGAGGAGGCAGGCAUAAAAGGGAUAUAUAUAAAUUGGUUUGUGCUUUUUUUACUGGUGUGGGUUCGUUCGUAGGGGUACGUUGAGGGAAGGAUAAUAUCUAAAUGGAGAGAUAGAUGGAUGAAUGGAUGGAUAAAUAAACAUGAGGAAGAAGAGAGAAGAGAGAAGAGAGAAGAGAGAAGAGAGAAGAGAGAAGAGAGAAGAGAGAAGAGAGAAGGAGAAGGGAAAGGAGUGUAGUGUAGAUAGAAC